AUGGGCACUAUGAAGUGGCUGGUGAUUUUUAUCUUGUUUGGCAUAUGCUCACAGGCUGCAACAGAAUCAGAUUUCCAAGUAUCUGUGUUCUCAACAACAUCCAAGACUGUGAUUCUUAGAUGGACCAGGUACUCUGGAGCCAGCUCAUACAAGAUCUCUGUUGCCCCCAAAAGCUCACCAGACAGCACCAUCGCUUUUGCCCAAUUUGGUCCAAACACAGUGAUGGGUUCUGUCAACUCUCUGUCCCCAAACGUCAAUUAUAUCUUCACAGUUGAAGCUCUGGACGAUUCCAAAGCAAUACUGAGCAAUGCAACUACUGAGUCAUCAACAGCCCCUGAGAUGAUGGAUCCCAUCGAGACAGUGAAGCCAAAGGAUAGCAGGACCUUGAUGGCAGAGUUCGCCUUGAGGACCGGGGCGACUCAAUACAUUAUACGCAUCCAGAACUCCAAUGGCUUCUACAGAGAAGAUACCGUGUUUUUCUCCCCCACUGAGAUUCAGUCCCUCAAACCGUACACUGAGUACACUCUCAGCAUCAUGGCUGUGAACAGCGGAGGCCGCAGCCAGCCAUCUUCUCCUGUGACAGCAAAAACAGUUUUGCCUCCUCCUCAGCUCUCCACCUCCUCCCCCUGCAAUGACAGCAUCAUUGUAUCCUGGGCCCCCGUAGCUCACGCUGUCCAGUACACCCUGUCCAUAUACAAGUUUGGUUCAAACACCAACAUGAAGCACAACACCUCCAAUACCAAUCUGACCAUCUCUGGCCUGGAUGCUGGCUCGCUCUACAUCAUCAGGGGUUUCGCCUGGGACCCUGAGGGCCGAGAGGGAGAGGGCAGUUUGUACAUCAACCAGACAACACGACCUCCAACACCAUCUUCUGUCAAUGUCUCUGUGGUGAUGAGUAAUGGUCUGGCCGGACUGUCAGUGUCCUGGGAACUCGAUCUGGAGGUCUACGGAUCCAUCGAGUAUUUUGUGAUGAGUGACCAGAACCUCACCUGUAACUCCACAUCCAGCUCUUGCACCCUGUCUCCAGUGGGCUGUGGACAGGUACACGUCAUCCAGGUCACUGCCUCAAAUGAAGCCGGGCCCAGCUAUCCAUCCAGCCCCAAGGUCUUCAUCACCUUCCCCUGCCCCCCAGAGUCUUUGGCCCUUGUGGAGUCAACAGAAGGAAACUGCACACUGACGUGGGACACAGUGCCUCAUGCUGACAGCUACGUGGCCUUCAUCAAGAGAGGUGAUGGUGGUGAAGACACCUGUAACACCACCAGCAACAACUGUACCUACCACUGCCAGUGCGGCUACACAUACCUGAUGUCUGUGCUCGCAUUCAACCAGGCUGGCGCCAGUCCUCCAGGAGAGAAUCUCAACUAUACCACCUUGCCCUGUUGUCCAGAGGGUGUAUCCGUCUCUGUCGUGAGCGCUGACACUCUGGAGAUCAUGUGGACAGCUUCACGGGGGGCAGAGCUGUAUGAGACUCGGGCUGCAGACAGUUCAGAGGUCAUCCUGUGCAACGACACGGCGCCGGUGUGCGCCCUCUCUGACCUCAGCUGUGACAGCACCUACAGAGUGGUGGUGACACCCUGCAAUGAAAUCAGCGGAUGCAACCGUGCAUGCAAAGCUCACACCAAAGACACAGCUCCCUGCAUGCCAACGGACCUGAGUCUGAAUCCGAAAAACUCCUCCUGCGUCACUGUCAGCUGGGAAGCGAACAACAGGGCUGCUACUUACACUGUGAGCGCGAUGGGCGGUGACGGCAAACUCACCUGCACCUCCCCUGGAAACAGCUGCGACUUCACUGACCUUCCCUGUGGCUCCACAUAUGAAGUCAGUGUCAUAGCGAGCAGCGCCGCCGGCCAGAGUUUACCCAGCUACUCUGACUUUCUGGAAACAGAACCCUGUUGCCCGGUGAAUCUAACGGUGGCUCAGGUGACUCAAGCAAUGACCAAUGUCUCAUGGUCUCACGCCAAAGGGGCACGUUCGUUCAUCACUUCUCUGACAUCACCGCGUGGUCAUGCCCGCUGCCACACUCAGGACUCCCACUGCCUCAUGGGAUGCAUCACCUGUGGGACAAACUACACCGUCACCAUGGAGGCGAUCAGCCACAGCGGGCGCAAAGCUAACUGCACCUAUCAGGGCUUCUCGUCCAGUGCCUGCUGUCCCUCGGGUGUCAGGCUCUACAGGAUGGCCGGUAACUCCCUGCGGGUGUACUGGCGCAGCCCCGGCAGCAGCCACACUUACAUCACAGAGAUAGUGGGUGGCAGCAACAACUACACCUGCACUGCAUCACCUGGGGAAAACAGCUGUGAUAUUGACAACAUCCAGUGCGGGGACAUCUAUCAUGUAGUGGUGGCCCCACUCACACCAGAGGGCAGCAAUGUGCUGUUCUGUCCUCAGAGGCUGUACUCAGUAACUUGCUCAGACAGCAGCAUUGGCACAGUGAUUUACAGAGGGAAGAGAAGCGUGGACUAG